GUCUGCCAGUGGUGCUCACCACCGUCACCUGCCAGCAAAGCCCUCCAGUGACGUCCUUCAGUGACGUGAACCAUGGCCGCCUCGCGUGACACGCUGCUGGACAGCCUGGAGAACCUGCCGCAGGAGCUGAAGCAGAACUUCGCCAUGAUCCGCGAUCGCAACAACAAGUGCGACACGCUGCAGCGGCUGAUCGACGAGCGCUGCGACCGCUACCUGGCCGGCCUCGGGCCCGAAGGCGGCUCACACCCGCCGGACAGUAUCGUCAAGAUGUACGAGAAGCUCAAGAAGCACAGCGAGCACAACGUGGCGCUGGCGACCAAGACGUACGAGCUGGUGGACAAGUACAUCCAGAACCUGGACGUGGACCUGGCCAAGUUCGAGGCGCAGGUCCAGGGCCAGGCGGCGCGGCCGGCCGACAAGCCGGCCCGCCCCAAGAAGAAGGCGAAGGCGAGCCGCAAGUCGCGCAAGACGGCCGACGAGGACGCGCUCUAUGCCAAGGCCAUCAAGAGUCCGGUGGCCGUGGAGGCGGCCAUCCGUCAGCUGAUCAACCCGGCGCAGCCCGUGUCCACCGACGGCCUCGACAUGCCGGUGGACCCGAACGAGCCCACCUACUGCCUCUGCAACCAGGUCAGCUACGGCGACAUGGUGGGCUGCGACAACACGGACUGCCCGAUCGAGUGGUUCCACUUCUCGUGCGUCGGCCUCACCUCCAGCCCGCGCGGCAAGUGGUACUGCCCCCGCUGCAUCAAGGACAAGAAGAAGUAGCGGCGCCGCUGUCGC